AUGAAUGGAAUCUUCCCUCCCGAUCUGGUGGUCUACCUCCUUCUGGCCCCCCUCGUCACUUACGUCUUCCUCGCCCACCGCUGGUCCGGCUUUCUGCCCUGGUACUAUCUCAGCGCCUUCUGCCUUGCACGCAUCAUCGGCGGGAUACUCGGCAUUCACGAUCCUCAAGGCCUGCCAGCCAACAUUAUUCAAAGCGUUGGGGUCACACCUUUAAUUCUGGGCCUGGAUGGAUUAGUUCACGAAGGGCGAGUGUAUCGCAAUCCAUUCCAUGGUCGUAUUCUCGGUUGGUCUGUUGUCACGGGGACUACGAGCCUCAUGGCUAUUGCGCUGGCCCUCUCGAUUACAGGCUCCUUGAAUAUUUUUGAAGGGCACCCGAAACCAGACAGUUUGACACAAUGGAAGGCAGGAACGGUUUUAAUAGCCGUGGCGUGGGCAUUCCAGGUGUUCUGGUCACUGUUCUCUUUACUCUCCGGUAAGGGGAUGAAGGGCGCGCCUGGAUAUCAUGGUGGCACUGCUCUUCUCCAGGGAGCGUUUGUUGCGCUCUUAUUCGUCGGGGUACGUGUCAUUUACGGUAUGGUCUCGGUCUGCACUCAGCGGAGGGAUCUGAGUCCGAUCUAUGGGUCAAUUUCUGUACGCGUUAUUCUCAUGUUUCUCCCCGAAGCUCUUGCGGCCAUAACGAUGACUCUUGUCGGCAUUCGGACAAGACACCUCCGACAGACCAAACUGGCGUCUUGA